CGCCAUACCAUUUGUACCAUACCAUACCAUCAGCAUCGCACAGCCGGCCCUCCCCCCUCCUUCUCUCUUCCUCGCCUUGUGCUCUGUAGUGGUGUUCAGAAGACCCUGAGCUUCAUCGCUCACUCCUUCCUGCCCUGCAAACAUGUCCCACCUAUACCAGAACCUCCGUCUGCACCAAGUCUUUGGGGCCAAUACAGACGUGGGCAAGACCAUCUUCACCACUGCCCUCUGUCUGGCCAGCGCUUCCCUCCCUGUCCCCUCUUCUGCCAGCCUCAGAGAUGCAAAGAGCUCGUUGGAAGAGCAUGAGAGGAACGUGAGGGCGGCGAUGCAGGAUCAGGGAGGAGGGAGAAGGGGGGAGAGGGUGCACUACCUCAAGCCCGUCUCGACAGGGCCGAUGGAGGAUAGCGACGACAGUCACAUCUCUCAAUAUGCCUCUCCCUCAUCCGAGCAGACGCUGCUCCGCUUCCCCAAUGCAGUCUCCCCUCAUCUAGCCGCACGCCUCUCCUCACCCUCCGUAUCACCGCUCUCCGACCUCAGCCGCAUCCCAACAGAUAGCCAACUUGCUCGUUCCAUCGGCGACUGGAUCGAUGGCAAAGCCACUCUUUCCCCCUCUGAGCCAAGUGUAGCCUACAUCGAAACGGCAGGUGGACCACACUCGCCUUCGCCUACAGGAACCUCGCAGGUGACGCUGCUUCGUCCUCUCCGCUUACCCACGAUCCUCAUCGGAGACUCUAAUCUCGGUGGGAUCUCCACUACUCGAUCGGCGUACGAGAGUCUGAUGAUGGCUGGCCAUCAAGUGGACGCUUUGCUGCUCUUUACCGAGGGGAAAGAGGACAAGUGGGGAAAUGCAGAUUAUCUUGCCAAGUGGGGUGAGGAGGUAGGUCUACCUGUCUGGCCGCUGGCUGGAAUGGAGGGCUCAGAAGGGUGGGGCGGACCUCCCUCGAGGGCUGCAUCACAGCAGGAGGAGCUCAAGCAGAUGCAAAAUUUCUACAGGGGCCUCGUCUAUGGCAGGCGGCGGUUAGAAGGAGACGAAGAGCAAGUCGGAGGUGUGGUAGAUGUAGUUCGUCAACUCAGGGAAGGCCACCAUCUCCGGAUAGCAGAGCUUGAGACUCUUGCAGGAAGGACAAGAGAGAGCUGCUGGUGGCCUUUUACCCAGCACGGACUGGCCAAGGCCGAUUCGGACGUGACCGUCAUCGACUCUGCCCACGGAGACUUCUUCUCCUCCUUCAAGCAGUCGGGCGCUCUCAGCAAUACGUCGGCGUCGGUAGAAGCCAGUUCUUCGAAGCUACACCCGCUGCUGGACGGCUCAGCCUCAUGGUGGACGCAAUGUCUGGGUCACUCCCAUCCCGCGCUGGCGCAGGCAGCAGCAAGAGCUGCAGGAAGGUACGGUCACGUCCUGUUCCCCAUGGCCGCGAAUGCCCCUGCUCUAAGGCUCGCCGAAGGCCUCUUAGGCAGGCGCGAUCGUUCGGUCUACGCCAAGGCAGGCAGCAGCAGUAGCAGCAGCAGCAGUACCGACGUAGAGUUUUACGACAACCCAGCUCCGGGAAAAGGGUGGGCAGAUCGUGUCUUCUUCUCGGACAACGGAGCGACAGGUAUGGAGGUGGCUCUGAAGAUGGCCAUUGCUUCAACGCGGCAGCGCUACGCCCCUCCUUCCCUGACGGCCGAAUCAGAGGCACGUGUCUCCCACGGACGCAAACCUGGCUCCAUGGGCGGACGAGAGCGAGGGGAGUGGAAGGUCAUCGGCCUCAAGGGAUCUUAUCACGGGGAUACCAUCGGCGUAAUGGACGCGUGUGAGCCGAGCGUGUACUCGAAGAAGGUCGACUGGUACCGCAGUCGAGGGUGCUGGUUCGACACGCCCAGCAUCGGAGUAGAGGACGGCCAGACCGUACUCACUAUCCCGCCCUCUCUCUCCGAGGAUGGAGAGACGGUCACGCGAGUCACGUUCAGCUCGCUGCAGGAAGCGUACGACGUUUCCUCCCGCCUGCGCUCACACCAGGUCACAGACCUGUAUAGAAAGAAGAUCCGUGCCUGGCUCGAAGAGCGUAUCCGUCUCGAAGGAGAGAGGUUCGGUGCGCUAGUCAUCGAACCUAUCAUCCUAGGUGCGGGAGGAAUGAUCUUUGUCGAUCCGGUGUUUCAGCGCUGUCUAGUCGACGUGGUGAGGGAGAGCGAGGACCUGUUCUCCCUCAGUGACCCACCUUUGCGCGAUGGACGAGCGCCGCAAAGUGAGAACUCAAAGGAGGGGGAAGCGGGAGAGUGGAGAGGUUUGCCGGUGAUCUAUGACGAAGUCUUCACAGGCCUGUACCGUCUUGGCCACAGCACACCCACCUCUCUCCUCGGAAGCACCCCGGACAUUUCCGUCCUGGCCAAGAUCCUCACUGGUGGUCUAGUACCCAUGUCCGUCACUCUCGCCUCUCGUUCCAUCUUUGACACUUUUACCAAGGAUACAGAGAGGAAAGUAGAUGCUUUGCUACAUGGACAUAGCUAUACGGCGCAUCCUGUUGGGUGUGAAGUGGCGAAUGAGACGAUGAAGAUCUUGUCAAAGAUGGAGAGAGAGGGGAAGUGGGAUGCGGAGAGGAGGGACUGGGGUCUGGAAACCACCGCCGGCGCAGGAUUGGACAGCAAGGCAGUGGCCACAAAGCAGCAGCAGCAGCAGCAGCAAGACCGGGGUAUUGGAGCUCCCUCUGUCUCCUCUUCUCCGGGAAUCUGGUCCUUCUGGUCUCAAGAAACGGUUCUGGCCCUCAGCCGCAGUGAGAGUGUAGUUUCCGCCAUGGCCAUGGGCACUGUCCUUGUACUGCAAUUGAGAGAUGCAGAGAAUGCUGGCUACUCAUCCACAGCAGCCACUUCCCUACUACAGCGUCUCCGUCUGCUCCCAGCAGAACAGCAAGGUCACCCUUCCGUACCUGGCACCAGCACAAACGGAGCAGGAGCUGCGACCGAAGCCUCGAGGGCGCUCCUCCCCUUUAACAUCCAUGCCCGACCCCUGGGCAACGUCGUCUACUUUAUGUGCUCGCUGAACACGCCUGUAGAGGUGCGUGCGGCGCUUGAGGGGACACUGCGAAAGGAGUUGGGUCUAGAGGGGUGAAAAGGUUGGGAUAGGAGGGGAGGGGGGAAGACUUGUGUGAAGAAUUCAAGAGGGGUGGAGGAUACCGAAAAUUGGUUCGAAGGCGAAGGUUGAGAUGAAGAAAGGGGUGUGCGAAUUGUAUGCCCCCACUGCCGCUAUUGCUUGUGCGGGCGUUUGGCGCUGUCGAUGCGAAGUCACUUCGUAAUCUAUCAAAAGUGUAUGUCUGCC